CGGCCAAACGGCUUUGUUUAACGGUCGCGCUGUGGCGCGUAUUUUCGCUUGUUUUCAUUUCAUUUAUUGACCCCGCCUUUGUUUUGUUGAAUUUAAUCUUUAUUUUUUAUAAAAACAAUCACCAUAAUUUUGCGUUGAAAUGCACAAAUCGUUCAAAUUACUGUGAUAUAAUGAAUUCCAAUAAGAGAAAUACCUGUGCAGUGCUUAGGUGUAAGGAUUUAUAGGUGUGAGUGAUUAGUGAUAUGAUUUUUUUUUAGUUAACAUGGAAUGCUGGAAAGAUAUGGGCAUCCAAAAGAGACACAGUCAGUUUGGUGACACGAAGUUCAUGUGGAGGACUGCGUGGUUGAUUAUGCUAUGUGUGUGUUGUGCUGGGCAGGAAUCUAGAGAAGAGUUAGAUCCGUAUUUAUUGAAUAAAACCCUAGGGCUCACUGAGCUUUCCGGAGGCGUUUUGACCGGUGGGAGGACGGUGUGGAAGACGGAUGGUAGUCCGUACUUGUUACGCGAUGAUCUCCUGGUAGAACGAGAGGCGGAACUCGUCAUCGAGCCUGGCGUGGAAGUCAGGUUCGCACCUAUGAUUGGAAUAACUGUUAGAGGGAAAUUCUUGGCUGUGGGUCAAAAUGGGAGCAAGAUAACGUUUACCAGUACAGAAGAACGGCAGUCUUCGAAACCCUUUCCAGACAUACGGCUCGUAGAUGGACCGUCUAUAUUAGCAGGAAGAGUACAGCUGUUACAUCGCGGGCAAUGGAGAUCCGUGUGCACGAACUCGAGGAAUUGGACCGUUAACGACAUGGAAACAGCGUGCAGACAAUUAGGCUUCAUGGGUGGAACGUUUUACAAUUGGAUGGACCGGCAGCCGGGCCGGCGCGCGCGUCUUUUGUUCGAAGAGCCCAAGUGUAAGGGCACGGAAUACGAUCUCUUCCAAUGUGAUUGGCGGUCACGACAACUCGGCUCCGGGGUAUGCGACUAUCACCCGGAUCUCGCUAUACAAUGCUUACCUCAUCACGAUGACAACGAACUUAGAAAUUACGGUGUGCACUGGCGAGGCCUACGCUUUGAACACGCAGUCUAUGAACGGAUACUCACUGCGGAAAAUACACUCUAUGUACCUACUUCGAUGUCGAGACUUUCCCACGUAAUAGUCAAAAACGCGGGCUUGGGUAGAGAUAACAAUGCAACCAGUGCUUUGGACGUUAUUGGCGUACCCCCCGUGAUGGACGAUAUCGAAAUAUCCAAUUGCGCUUUUAAUGCUAUCAACGUGACGUCACCCAAUGCACCCAUAGUUAUUAACAAUUGUACAAUACAAAACAAUAGAGGUUACGGUGUUUAUGUAAAUUCUACGUACGGCAUGACGAGGAUUGAGAAUUGCCUGAUUCACGACAACGGCGGAGAUGGGGUCAAAUACGUGGUGCACGAAAUGAACAUCGACGAGCGAUUUGAUCGAGCAGAAGUAUUCGACUUGUGUACCCUCGCAUCAACACCUAGUCAAACAUUUCCCAUUGUCAUGUCUUUGGAACAAUCAAGGUAUUCGAACAUGGAACGUGAUUGUCAUCAGAAAUUUUAUACGCGACCCGAUCACGUACUAACGUUAAGUUUUAUAAAGAUCUUAACCAAUAAAAAUGAUACAGGUCACAUAUAUAUUUACGAUGGAUUGACUGCUGACGAUAAGUUGUUAAUGUCCUUUAAUAUAAGAAACCACACACGACCGCAAAGUAUAACGUCUACAAGAAGUAGGAUGUAUGUAAGAUUUCACGCUGACACUAGAACGGAUAUAACCGGAUUUAUAAGGUUAACCUCAGGAAUUAGUAAGACAUAUGACUUGAACGUUACAGAUUCGAUAAUAUCAGAUAAUAAUGGCAGAGGUGUCGUUAUAGAAAAUUUGAGAUCACAAAUUCACGUACAUCGUACAUCCAUUUCUAACAAUAAUCAUGUUGCGGGUCUUCAAGUAGUAAAUGGAGCUGGGGAUAUCAAUAUAACUGAAAGCAGAAUAUCUUUCAACCAGGGUGACGGUAUUAAUGUCACUGUUACUGGGGGUAACAGAAACAUAUCAAGAAGCAUAAUAAGUUCGAACCAACGUUAUGGUAUAGCAGUAUGGAUAAAUACAACGCAAGAGACAGAGUACAUACCUACAAAUCAAACAACUGUCGUUGAAUAUUCGGAAAUAUUCAAAAAUUUAGAUGUAGGUAUUUUACAUGGAAAUUUCUGUGGUGAUAGUUGGGUAAAUAUAACAGGAAAUUGGUUUAAUUCAAGCGUGGAAAGCACAGUCGAUAUUGCAACAUGUUGGUUACUUAAUGAUCCCGUAAAAUUAUUAAAUCUACAAAUAGGUCACAAUCGAUUCUAUCAAAACUUACGUGUACCUAUAAAAAUUCAACCAGCUCUUAAUGUAAUGAGUAGAAUAGAAUACAAUUAUUUUGAACAGGGAGAUUAUGGAGCAAUCGUAAUAUUAAAUAGGGUUGACGGAAAAUAUAUAGAAGAGUUUGAAAAGCUACCAUCGAGAUUCCUUAUACAACAUAAUUAUUUCUUUGGUAAUAGAGGACCUUUUGUUGUGAAUCUCGGUCUAUCUCCAUAUAGUGAUAUUCAAUAUAUAUUAUUUUCAAGAAAUUAUUUACGAGAUAACAAAAUAAGAGAACAAUUUGAAUCUAUAGAUGGAACUCCACAAUUAACACCAAGGAGUAGGGUCGCAGCAACAAUAGUUUUAGCAUCUAGUAAUAUAGACGUAUUCAGAAAUAUUAUUAAUAAUCCAGAGGCACAAUAUGAAAUUGGAUCUCAUGUAGAAGACCAGAGCAAAAUACUUAAUUGUACAUACAACUGGCUUGGGUUUGGCGAAGAAGAAAAAGUCUACAACAGAUUAUUUCACCGAAAAGAUAGAUUUAAUUUAGCUAAAAUUAUUUAUAUGCCAUAUUUAUUGCAUAGUAGUAAUCCUGGAGCAACACAAAUAAAUUAUAAUUCACUCUAUGUGCCCCAAUUUAAUGUUCCUGGGUCAAAUAUCGUAGGUGGAGAAGUGGAAGGUAUAGAAAUACUGCGACAAGGGGAAUACGAUGUAGUGAAAGAUAUAAAUAUUCGCCCUGGAGGUAAAUUAAUUCUUCAAUCUGGCGUAACUCUUAGAUUUCCUCCGGCAAUAGGAAUGAUGGUAGCUGGAAAAUUAGACGCGAGAGGGAAACGGCCAAAUGAUAUUUCUUUUACAUUAAAAGAAGAGAUUAUUAUGAGUAAUGAUACAAUAUAUGAAACGGACCCAGAAAUAGACCCCACCACACCGGGUUACUUGGAACCGGUUAUACCAAUAAGACUUUUAGGUGGAAGAACUCAAUACGAAGGUAGAUUACAAGUCCGCGUAGAGGGCAAGUGGGGUACCGUAUGCAACUAUAAAUGGAAUAUUAUUAAUGCAGCCUUAGUAUGUAAUCAAUUGGGCUUAGCACUUAACCCCGAUGAUUGGUUCUUAGAACCAAAUGAAAUACCCAAUGCUGGUAUUACAGAAGACAUUAUUUUGUCUAAUGUAGAGUGUACUGAAUUCGAUAAUGAUAUAGCAAAAUGUAAAGCCGAAACAGUUGAUAGCUUUGAGAAUUCGUGUACUCACGAAAACGAUGUUGGAAUACGUUGUUACGAAACUAGCUGGGCUGGUGUACGAUUUAGUGUUAUUGCUGAACGCGCAGACUUGCAAUAUGUAACAAUUGAGAAAGCGGGUCUUCUCGAUUACUCUUCGAAUUUGUUUAAGCCAGCACUUCAAAUAGACUUUGCAAGACAUGGUUUAGAAAGUGUGAGGAUCGUCAAUAAUUAUCACGAUGGAUUAGGAAUACUGUAUUCAGAUUUGUAUGGUGCUGAUGCUAUUAAUACUGUAAGAAAUUCAGAGUUUAGUAAUAAUAAAGGAAGUGGAAUCAGCUUUAGGCAACUUGGUCUUAAAGUUUACAGUUCCGUCAUUGAAAAUAAUAAAGUAGCUGGUAUUUUUCACAAUCCGCAUUUAACUGGGCCUCAACAGAGAGAAAUAGCAGGAUGGUUUAUUUUAGAUCCCAGUUUUAAUAUGGAUGAAUCGAGUUAUAGACCAAUUAUGAUACCUGAAUAUCAAACAGAUAUUUCUCUUACAAACGGGGAGACAAGACACAUAGUAUUUACAAAACAAUUUGGCGAAAAAAUUAUAAAAACCUAUAAUAUCAAAUGCAAUCCAGGCUAUGUUCUAGGAUUGCAGCUGUUGAAUCCGAUUCAUAACUUCUCUACGGAAAGUAUUUGUAUUUAUGACUCGCAAAAUAUUCACGAAGGAAGUACUGUAUGGUGUCUAGAUCGUGACCUAUCUACCUUUCCUACUACAAGUAAUAGUUUUGGCGUCGUGCUUAAAUAUGAUAGUGGUAUAAAUGCAUUAGGUGGAGUGGUUUUAGUUGUGAGUACAAUUGUUGCUCCUUUACAAAAUAUCAGAAAUAGAAUUAUUAAAGGACCUGUUCCUACACUUCACGUGACUAAUACCAAAAUUAAAGGAAACACGAAAGGUGUAAAGGCUUUGUAUUAUAAUCGGUAUUUAAAUGAACUCGGUGAUCAUUUCCUUCGAAAAGCUAAUGAGACAAUCAAAAUAACAAACUGUGAAAUAGCUCAUAAUAAAGAAGAAGCUAUUUAUAUCAACACACCUUUUUGGGAUAUUCAUGAAAGUAAUAUUACGGAAAUCACAUUAAUGAUAAAUGGUUCCUUAAUAACAGACAAUGGAAGAGGAAUUUAUCAUUUUGCUAGAGAUUUAAGAAGCUCUAAUAAUUUGUAUCAUUACGUUCUUCAAGAUAAUACCUUUGAAAGAAACAUGUUCGGAGGGUUUGAUAUAAGCUUACCGUAUGUUUGGCAAUAUAAUGAAAACUUCACACAUUCUGUUUACAUGCAUAAUAAUACCUGGCGGAACAAUUACAAUUUUGCUGUCGUCAUAGAUGGACAUUUUGCGGAAGUCAAUCUAACUAAAAACAUUUUUACAGACAAUGUUUGCCGAUAUGGGUUAUUAUCAAUUCGAGGAAUGGAAAAGAAAAUGAAGAUAGAUGGCAAUUUUAUCGAACGAAAUAACGGUCAAUAUAUGGUACAAUUUUACAUGGACAGUCAAAGUGAAAUUAUGGGAUUUGUAUAUGCAGUUUUUGUUUAUAAUCAAGUUAAAAAUAAUAAAUUUUCAACAAAUAUUAAUAGGGGAGCGAUUCAGAGAAAUACAGACCCAACUUAUGUUAUAGGUUUCAAGGGUAUUCAGAAAGUGAAGGUUUCUCGAAAUUUGUUUGGCAACAAUGCAUUAAAAUAUACUCUUGUGGCUGGGAUUAAAACUGCUAAAAUUAAUAAUCUUUUAGAUGUAACAGAAAAUUGGUGGGGUAGUGUAGAAGAAAGUGAAAUUAGAAAUCAAAUAUUUGAUUUUGAUGAUUGGAAUAACCACGCAGUCGCUACAUAUUUACCUUAUUUAUUAGAAGAUAGCUUUGACUCAAGUGUAUCUGUUACCUUUAGCCCACAAACAAUAGUCGAUAUAAAUGAGCUUGGCGGUCGCUUGACAUCCGAUCUUACCUUGGAUGGACGCAUAGCACCAUAUGUUAUUAAAUCUGAUAUAACAGUUAUGCCAGAUGUUACUCUUACAAUCAAUCCAGGAGUGAUUUUAGAGUUUGCUCCGAAUGUUGGAUUAUUAGUAAUGGGAACUCUAAAUGCCAUCGGUCACAGUCAAUUGCCAAUAUUUAUGAGACCCAUUACCCCGCCAAGCGAUGUUGAAAAUCGAAUUGAAAAAAGAGAAAUAGGACAAUACUCACCAGAUUAUGUAAAACAUCGUCAGCAACGUCAAUUAGAAACGCUAAUUGUCCAAGAUUCAAUUCGGCUAUGUACGGGCAGAAAUUGUUCUAUAACUGAUAACAACUAUGACAGGAAAAAUGAAGGCUUUUUAGAAUACUAUAACAAAACUACAUUACAGUGGGUACCCAUGUGUGACAGCCGAUUUACGGAGAGAAAUGCUCAAGUCGUAUGUCGGGAAUUAGGUUUCGAUCCUAUAAAUGUAUUUUUUGCUCAUGAUCGAAGAGUUGAGUAUCAUAGUAACUCUUUGUCAAGGAUUUGGUCUUGGCCAGAACCUUUACAGUGUGUUGGAACUGAAAACCGAUAUGAAGACUGUCCUAUUAGAUUAAACGGACAGCUUUAUGGGCACCGACAUGAAUGUAAGUGGGAUUCAGAUUUUAUUUUUAUACAUUGCGGGAACAGAAAUCUAGAAGAUAAUCUUGAAUAUUGGGGUGGGAUAAGAUUUGCGAAUCCCGAAUUUGAAUAUUCGCUUUACGAACAUAGAAUUCACGAUCACCACACACAUGAAACAAUGAAAAAAGUUGAAAGUACACUGCGGAACAUUCAAAUAGUCGGAGCGGGCAUUUUACACAACGAGAAGUCGCCAGCAAUACAGAGUAUCAUUAGAAAUCCUCAUAUCCAGAAUGUGAAUAUUACAAAAUGCGCUCACCAUGGCAUUAACAUAGUUUCACCUACGGACACUAUCGACAUGAUGUUUAACUCUGUCAUAGAUAUUCUUGGCGAGGGAGUUAAUGCGAUAUCUCUAACCGGUGAAGGAAGAGAAUCGGAAGAAUCUAGUUUUACUCCAUUGAAGGAUCUCAACUUGCCAUACCAUCUAUUUUCUCUUAUUGACAUCUGUGACAGUUCAAAGGUAGUGACGGUGGAAGAAAGAGUCCUUCUGUACUACAAAUACGAUAAUAAUCCAGUAAACUGUGUAAAAAUAUUUAAAAGUACCUUUAGAGUGAAACCGUUUGGUUUCAGGUUGUUACAAUUUAAUUUAUUCAACCAUACUAUGAGUUAUGGCAAAAGAGACUCUAUAACGCUUUAUGAUGGAGAUAUUUAUAACAUCACGGCACCUCAGAUAGGCUAUCUAGAGAAUGGUUCGCCUGAGGAGAAGAAAUUAUUCAGGACGGAUGGAGCUAGUUUGAGCGUGAAGUUAUUUGCAAAUGGUGCUUCGUCGGUGCAUGGUUUUAUUGCUGAGAUUGUCACGUUACCUAUAUCGGCUAUUGGAUUGAAUCGCGAUGUCCAACACAACAUUUCAAGUAGUGUAUUUACCAAAAACCGCGAUGGUGCCAUUAGUUAUCAGUCUGUGGGCGAAGUAAAUCCUUUCGUAGCUGUUAUAAGAAAUGAAUUUAAUGAUAACUGCCUUAAAUUGUAUGGAAACUUUACCACGUGUCAAGCUGCUGUGAGGGUAGACGUACAAAAUACUCAGACACUUGUGUUCAGAAACAAUUUAGUGCGAAACAACGUCGGUGGUUUAUUAGUGAGAGCUGAUUCACGAGGCUCAGCAACUUCCCUACGAGGAUGGAUACACAAUAAUCUCUUCUUUAAGAAUCAUGAUUUGCCGUGUCUACAACUGGAAGGUCGCCAAUCGUCGCCCUACCAAGAGGUAACCAUCUACCGCAACUACUUCACGCGGAACAGAGUACAAUUCAAGGACGUGAUAGUGCUGCGCCAAGUCGUAUCUAACUUCACUCAUAACUAUGUGCACGAUAACACGGGCAUGCGGAUUUUGGAAGUCUCCGGGUUUGAUAAAGUGCGCCUGCCCAUCUAUCAGACUACGUCGCAUAAUGGUUUUUAUAAGAACUACGCACUAGAUAGAGAAGGCCGCGCGACAGUUGUAGCCGGAACCGCGGGACAGCACUAUGUCGACAAUAUAUUCUUUAACCCCGACAAUGAUUAUGAAAUGAUCACUGUUAAUAGAUCUAUCUUUUUCGAUUAUAACCCGAAUGCUAUGAGUGCCUUAGACCUAUGGCGUACACGCAUCGACGCGAAACACAACUAUUGGAGUUACAAUGAGAGCCUAGCUGUCGCGGGCAGGAUACGAGACCAAUCCGACAAUCCGUUACUUCUAGAAGUUGACUAUCGGCCGUAUUAUAUGAACAACUUGACGGUACUGGGAGGGGGGAAGUGUCCCCCCGGGUGGGAUGCAGUGGCUGGUACCUGCUAUAUGUAUGUGGGGGCGCCGAUGACGUAUGAGGAGGCUAGGUUGUUUUGCUUGUCAGACAACGCUUCCAUGCCUUACGUGUCCGGCAACUACGAGGCACUAUACGAAUUUAUUCAGCGGCAGAACCAAUGGUUCCAAUAUGGCGACCGCGUGUGGGUCAACCAUAUCGACUAUGUGACGCAGUGCACUUCCUUCGCCUUCUCCAGCGUCGAGAUUACCGACUGCAAUCAGAAGAACGCGUUCAUUUGUGAAAUUGAUCCAAAAAUAAGCAUUGACCCGCUCUCCUGGCGAGGUGACGCACUAGCCGUCGCUUUCAUUGGUGUGCUGGCGGCCGCUGUACUGCUGGUCAUCCUGGCACUUAUCUGCUGGUAUUCGAAGUCUAAACACAGACAUCUUCAACGUCUAGAACGGCGCAAUUCGAUUCGACAAUCUCUGCAUUCGGUGCGUUCUAUCGGGAGUAUUAAUGGGGGUUUCCCUGACAAUACUUAUAGGAGAAAACUUGCUCAAAUGAGUACUCGCUCAACAGACACGCUCACAAAGGGCUCAGACUAUAAGAAGAUGCUUGCCUCCACCACUUCCAUGGAAUCAAUGGAGAAAAGUCAAUUUAACUCGUCGCUUGAAGACACACAAAGCUUCGAUAUUUAUGAAGCGCACAAUCCGAAUAACAUAAUACAGUUGAAACAUAGCACUUUCAAUAAGAAGCCUGCAUCACCUGAAUAUAGCGUACCUCAGAAUGUCAACAUCAAUAGGCCAUACAAUUUGGCCUAUAGGAACGAAGGUUACCGCGACAACUCAGGCGCAGCGAGCGGAGCGCCAUCUAUGAACACAGUGACAACAGAAGAGUUACCAAUCAUCCACCACCCGGGCGGGCUGUCGCCGGACGACACCGUGUCGCCGCAGAGCGAGCGCGACCACUACUACACGUCCGACACGCUCCCGCUGCGGGACAAGACUGACGAUCCGCUGGCUAUGAAGCGCGAGUUGGAGCGAGACGGGAAGAUAUAUGGAUAUGGAGCUCCAAACUACGAAACACAACCGAAACUUUCAUUCCUUAUGGAGCUGCGCUCGCGCAUUCCCGAUGAAGCGCCACAACACUCUACUACCACUUUUGGACAACGCCCUGAUCCUGAAGCAGAUAAGUACUACGAAGACGAUUUACCCAGUCCACCGCCAGUCUAUAACUACGAUCGCAGCUACGACUCGAGCCCGCAAACUUCACACGAUUUCGACUACUCGCCCGAACUUCACUCGCGUUCGCGCUCCGAAGCUAUACUCGAAACUAAUUUCGAUUUCGAUGACAAUGAUAUUCAUAUCACCGAAGCCGACCGAUCUCAUAGCCAGCCCUUGGAAACUGCUAUGUGAAUAGAUAGUUCAAUAUAAACUACCGUAAAUUAUAUUCGUUUCUUUUUAUAUGUAUUUAAGUAUUACCACAAUUAAAAAAACAAAUAAAUUAUAAUAAGCUAAUUGUAAAUAUAAAUAUAUUUUUACACUUUAUGCUUAUAGCUCGUUAUUUGAUAUAAUAUCACCAUUAUGUGUAUUUAAGGUGUAAAGAAACUUAAGACUGAAUAAGGUCGCCUUAUAAUAUAACGCAUUUAUUUUAAUUUUUAUACAUAAAAAAUACAUACGAAAAUAUAUUAGUUAUAAAUAAACAACUGUGCAUAUUUCAUACAUUCAACAUAUUAAUCAUACAAAUAAGUAUUUGUUAUUAAACUUUUAAUACAUCUAUGUAUACCAUUGUUUACUUCAUAGUAUUCAUAUAGAUAUAUAAUGUUAUAUUAUAUUACUGUGUAAUAAAAUAUAGUAGAAUAUUGUAUUUUGAAAAUUUUGCGCAUUACAACAAAUGCACGAUCUCUUAGUUAGAAUUAGUUACACGAAUACCGUUAUUUUAUAAUUUUACAUCUGGAUAGAAAUAAGCUAAAUAUAAUUAUGUACUUCCGAAGGCCUGGUGCCUAAGGAAA